AUGUCUGGAGAGAUCACUGCAUCUCUUGGCGCCAUAGCUUCACAAGCUCUAACAUUCACUCAGUUAAACCAAAUCCAAGCUCAGCUCAUCGUUUUCAACUCCCUCCAUCGACAAAGCUACUGGGCUUCGCGCCUCAUCAGCUCCUGCACACGCCUCCGUGCGCCGCCUUACUACGCGCGGCUCGUUUUCGGUUCAGUGGCAUUCCCCAAUGUCUUCGUCGUCAAUUCCAUGUUUAGAUACUUUUCGCAGAUGGAUAUGGCGAACGAUGCUCUUCGUCUCUACAAGCAAAGGUCGCGUUGCGGGAUUAUGCCCGACGCCUUUUCUUUCCCUGUGGUGAUCAAAUCGGCUGGGAAAUUCGGUGUCUUGUUUCACGCUCUUGUAGAGAAAUUGGGAUACUUUGGGGACCCGUACGUACGGAACGUGAUGAUGGAUAUGUACGCGAAGCAUUAGUCAGUGGAGUCUGCACGCAAAGUGUUCGAUCAAAUUACUCGGAGAAUGUGUUCUGAUUGGAAUGUGAUGAUUUCUGGGUAUUGGAAAUGGGGGAAAAAGGAGGAAGCUUGUAACUUUUUUGAUAUAAUGCCAGAGAAUAAAACCGAUGCGGUUUCUUGGACGGUAAUGAUUACUGGUUUUGCGAAGCUUAAGGAUUUGAAAAGCGCAAGGUGGUAUUUUGAUCAGAUGCAGGAGAAGAGCGUUGUGACUUGGAAUGCCAUGCUUUCAGGUUAUGCCCAGAACGGGUUUACAGAAGAAACUCUGAGAUUGUUUAAUGAUAUGAUGAGACUUGGAGUUAAGCCAAAUGAGACCACAUGGGUCAUUGUUAUUUCCGCGUGUUCUUCCCGUGGUGAUCCCUCGCUCGCACAUUCACUAGUAAAACUGAUUGAUGAGCAGAGAGUCCGUUUGAAUUGCUUUUUGAAGACGGCAUUGCUUGAUAUGCAUGCUAAGUGCAGAGAUAUUGUAUCUGCUAGGAGGAUUUUCAACGAGUUAGGCACGCAGAGGAAUCUUGUCACUUGGAACGCUAUGAUUUCUGGAUAUACUAGAAUCGGCGAUUUGAGUUUGGCUAGGCAGCUUUUUGAUACAAUGCCUGAGAAGAAUGUUGUUUCCUGGAACUCGAUGAUAGCUGGGUUUGCUCAUAACGGACAACCUGCACUAGCUAUAGAGUUCUUCAAAGAGAUGAUUGAUUCUGGAGAUUCCAAACCGGAUGAAGUGACAAUGAUUGGUGCUCUCUCGGCUUGUGGACGUAUGGAUGAUCUAGAAUUAGGUGAUUGGAUUGUGAAUUACAUUGCUAAGAACCAGAUCAAGCUUAGCGUUUCGGGAUUCAAGUCUCUGAUAUUCAUGUAUGUAAGGUGUGGAAACCUGAGGGCAGCAACACAGGUGUUCGAUGAAAUAAAGGAAAGAGAUGUUGUCUCCUAUAUUACACUAAUCUCAGCUUUGGCAGCUAAUGAAGACGGGAUCGAAAGCACUGAUUUCUUGAAAGAAGAAGAAACAGCUAAGGAAAGAGAUAUUGUCAAAGAUUAAAGAAGAAGGCAUUGAGCCAGACCAUGUGACUUACACUGAUGUCUUGACAGCUUGCAAGUUGCAACCAUUCAGGAUUACUCGAAGAAGGCCAGAUAAUAUUUAUAUCUAAACUGCCA